CUAAGAAUCAUAACGGGUCUUUAAAUAGGAGUCAGGGGAUUAUUUUCCAGCAAAUUAACAUAUCUUAAUUACAUUGUUUUCAAACCAGAGACUACCACUAUCCAAAGCAAGAUGUGGGUGCCAAGGCAUUUAGUUUUCCUUGUUCUGUUCCUUCUUUUCUCUGUGUUACAAACACCCACUUCUGCCAUAAGCAAGUCUUAUGUAGUCUACUUGGGGUCCCAUUCACAUGGCCUUCAAGUUUCUGAGGCUGAUUUCGACCGGGUGGCUGACUGUCAUCACCAGUUUCUUGCAUCAUUCUUGGGAAGCCAUGAGAAGGCCAGAGAUGCCAUCUUUUACUCGUACCGAAGGCACAUCAAUGGUUUUGCUGCCAUCCUUGAAGAGGAACAUGCUGCUGAAAUUGCAAGGGAUCCCAGUGUGGUCUCAGUUUUCUUAAACCGAGAGAGAAAAUUACACACAACCCACUCGUGGGAUUUUAUGCUUAUGGAGCACAAUGGUGUAUCCAGACCCUGGUCGCUCUGGAGAAGGGCCAGAUUUGGCAUGGAUACAAUCAUAGCAAAUCUUGACACUGGUGUUUGGCCUGAAUCAAAGAGCUUCAGUGAUCGAUGGUAUGGACCAGUUCCGGCAAGGUGGAAAGGAAUCUGUGAGAAUGACACCAGAGAAGGAGUCCCCUGCAACAGGAAGCUCAUAGGCGCAAGGUACUUCAAUAAAGGCUAUUCUGCCAAUGUAGAGCCUCUCAACUCCUCCAUGAACUCUGCGCGUGACUAUGAUGGCCAUGGAACCCACACACUGUCUACAGCGGCCGGGAACUUUGUUCCUGGGGCUAGUGUUUAUGGUGUGGGCGAAGGAACUGCCAAAGGUGGUUCACCUCAUGCCCGGGUGGCCGCUUACAAGGUAUGCUGGCCAUCCUGCUACGAUUCUGACAUCAUGGCAGCCUUUGAUAUGGCUAUACAUGAUGGAGUUGAUGUGAUUUCGAUGUCGCUUGGUGGGGAUCCUAGUGACUACUUCGAUGAUGGCAUUGCAAUCGGAGCAUUCCAUGCAGUAAAGAACAACAUUCUUGUAGUAUCUUCAGCGGGUAAUUCCGGGCCGAGUGAGGGAAGUGUCUCAAAUACUGCACCCUGGAUGUUUACUGUUGGAGCAAGCACCAUGGAUAGGAAGUUUCAAGCAAAUGUUCAGCUCAAGAAUGGGACCUUUUUUGAGGGAAUGAGUUUGUCUCAACCACUACCGAAAAAUAAAUUCUAUUCACUAAUUAGUGGAGCAGAGGCUACAGCUGCAAAUGCUACUUCUGCUGAUUCUGUCCUCUGUUUGGAAGGAACACUGGAUCCUGAGAAGGUGAAAGGUAAGAUCUUGGUCUGUCUUAGAGGAGUAACUGAUAGAGUUGAAAAGGGCCUGCAAGCAGCUCGAGUUGGCGCAGUUGGGAUGAUUCUUUGCAAUGAUGAGUACGAUGGUAAUUCUCUUGUUGCUGAUCCUCACUUCCUUCCAGCAACACAUAUCAAUUAUACAGAUGGUCUUGCAGUCUUGGCCUACAUCAAUUCUACCAAGAAUCCACAGGCUCUUAUCACACCCCCUAAGGGAAAAAUCCACACAAAACCUGCUCCAGUCAUGGCUGCUUUCUCCUCCAGGGGACCCAACACUGUCACUCCAGAGAUCCUCAAGCCUGAUAUUACAGCACCAGGAGUGGAUAUCAUAGCUGCCUUCACAGAAGCACAAAGUCCAACAGAAGAGGACUUUGACGAGCGCAGACUUCCCUUUUACUCAUUAUCUGGUACAUCUAUGUCCUGCCCACAUGUCGCUGGAGUUGCUGGUCUUCUCAAGACAAUCCACCCCCAUUGGAGUCCAUCUGCUAUUAAAUCUGCAAUCAUGACAACAGCUAGCACAAGCGAUAACACUAAGAGUCCAAUGAAAGAUUCCUCCUCUGAUAAGGCCACACCUCUCGCUUACGGUGCAGGACAUAUGCAACCAAACCAAGCAGCAGAUCCUGGCUUGGUCUAUGACUUAACUGUCAACGAUUACCUGGACUUCCUCUGUGCCCUUGGCUAUAACCAAACCAUGCUUAAAGCCUUCUCUGACAAUCCUUACAAAUGUCCUGCUUCAGUCAGUCUCCUGGAUUUCAACUAUCCUUCAAUAACAGUUCCCAACCUCUCAGGUUCAGUCACUCUGACUCGAAGGGUGAAGAAUGUUGGUUUUCCAGGCAUAUAUGCAGCUCACAUCAGUCAACCAACCGGAGUUUCAGUUACUGUUGAGCCCAGUAUAUUGAAAUUUUCAAGAAUUGGUGAAGAGAAGAAAUUUAAGGUGACUCUGAAAGCCAACACAAAUGCUGAAGCUAAAGACUAUGUAUUUGGACAACUCAUCUGGACAGAUGACAAACAUCAUGUGAGGAGCCCAAUUGUUGUUGCAGCUGCUGCCUAAUAGAGAGACCAUUUUUCUCAACGGUUUUUAACAAUUGGAUAAUGCAAGUUUAGGGCAGGCUGAUUAGAUUAGAAAGAAAGGAAUGUCUUCAUUACAUUUGUUAAUAACAAUACUAUUUUUAUCUCCAAAACAAUUGUUAAUAAAGUGAUAUGCAAGGAACCAUCAA